GGCACUGACUGGCGCCACUGCUGGGCACUGAUAGGCGGCACUGAUGGGUGCAACUGCUGGGUGGCACUGCUUGGUGGCACUGCAGGGCACUGGCUGUCGGAUCGUGAGGAAAGUACUGCCGAGAACCGGCAGUUGUCAGAGCGGGGAUCGGCACCGAUCAUCAGGGCACUGAUGAUCAGUGCCCUGAUGAUCGGUGCCCAGCAGUGACACCCGCAAGUUCCGCCCAGCAGUGCGCCCACUAGC